GCUAGCUACCAAAUAGUUUGACCUUUUCUUUUUCGUUUAAAAACCGACGCAAAAAAGAAUCCGAUUGUAUUUAGAAUUCUCUACCUAAACCGGUCCCCAACUUCCGAUCAGUUAUCUAUAAUUAAUAAUAGGGAUUAGCUGAAGUCAGGGCUUUUGAUGAUUGAUUGGAAGAUGAGAUCUGUUGAAUCCAUAGUGGCGGAGCUAUCACCGUCUUCUUCCGCAACAGCCGUGGUCGGAGCAGGAGGAGAUGGCGGCGGUGGCGGCGGCGGUUGGUUCGUGGAGUGCCACGGUUUAUGGCAUAAUGUGUUGAUGAUAGUUCCGUCAGUACUAUUUGUUCUAUAUUUGGCUUCCCAAGCCAAGAGAAGCUUCUCGAAGGUUUCUAAUGGUCGAUCGCAUGUAGUAGCUGUUCUCUAUGCCAUUCUCUGGCUUGUUAGCAUCUUCAAUUUGGCCUGGUGUUCUCUUCAGGCAUGGGAGUGUGCUCCAGGGAAACAAUUCAUGUGGAGUGUCAUCUCCUUGUUCACAACAUCUGGCAUGCUAUUUCUCGAAGUAAGCUUGAUAGCCUUUCUACUUCAAGGGAACCACGCUAGUGGACGUGAGGCGCUAACACAGACUUUCCUAAUCUCAGCAAUUGUAGUAGGUUUAGAUAUAUCUCUAAAGGGGAUCUACCUAUUUGGAUUUGGUAUUCAGUUGUUUGAUGUUAGCAACAAUGGCUCACAAUGGGCCUUGUGGGUUAUUCACAAGUUGCUGCUGACUGGAGUAUAUGGCCUCAUCUUUUUUAUGUAUCGAUCUACAUGGAGAGAAAGGUUGCCAGCAAGACCUGCAUUCCAGAACUAUAUUUCCAUCAUGUUUUGCGUUAAUGCAACUGCCUUGCUUGCAUGUGCACUUGCAGCACAUGGGACUGGAUUUGGAAUAUGGUUGUACAAUAUCACGGUCAUCUGUUACCAUGCCAUGUACCUUCCUCUUCUGUAUAUUACUUUCCUAGCGGACUUUUUGCAGGAGGACGACUUGCAUCUGGAGAAUGUAUACUACUCAGAAAUGAAAGAUGCUGGCUUCUUUGAUGUCGAUUGGGAGUAAUUCAGCAAGUGCUUCUGAAUAAUGAAGGUGAAUUUGAUGCUGUAAAUGUGUAAAUAUGUAUUAACAUGUUUAGAGAAUUCGGAAAAUGAUAAAAUUAGUUUCCCUUCAAGUUUUAUUUAACUUCUCAACGACUUUACCACUA